CGUUUACAGGGGCAACAUAUUUGGGGAUAACCCAAAAAAAAAAGUGACCAAAUGAUGAGGGUCUUUAAUGGAGUGGAUUAACGAGCUCUGCAAUGGAAUUUGACAAGAUAGUUGGUGGUGAGGCAAUGAAUUGAUUAUUAUAUUUGGAGAUGAUCUUCAUGACAUGACCCACAAAGCAGAAAGCGAAUUAUUCAUGCUGACUUUUUUUAGUUUUAAUUCCACAUAGGACGUACAUGGUUUGCGCCGCUGCCCAUGUAGGAAACUUUUUUUCCCGAACAAAAAGCAAAGCUACCUAGGCCGCUUAGCAAGUAUAAAAGCGAGCACCCUAUAGGGUAUUUUGAUAUGUACCUCUUCCUAUCGAGUUUGAUAGUUAACAACGACCAAGACCGGGUCUUUUAUUUUGAAGAAACGCCAUGGGGAAUGGUCCUCGCAAUUUGAAGAAUGCAGUUAUAGCUCUACUAGCUCCUCUUCCUUCCAUUAUCUUCUACAUCUCGUUCCUUAACCACUUUCACCGUGUUAGUACCUCAGGAAAUGUUGGAGAUCAGUCUGUUUCUCUCUCUACCCUCUGGACAUGGUGCUAUCAGCAUCCUCUUCUGUUAGCCAAUGUUCUCUUCUUCCUCAAUGUGAAUGUCCUCUUCUGGAUCAUCAGCCACAUCCAAUCCAGUCACUGGAUGAUCGACUUGUAUUGGACGGUGAUACCGGUGAUGCUUGUCAAUUACUAUGCCACUCACCCUUUGGCUCGGUAUAACGGGUGGAGAUCCAAGAUCGCUAUUUUGUUGACUUGGGUUUGGAGUCUAAGGCUUAGCCAUAACUAUUUCCGGCGAGAAAAGUGGCAAUGGGGAGCCAGGGAGGACUGGAGGUUCACCAAUAUGCGGCUUCAGUAUGGCAAGCACUGGUGGUGGGUUUCCUUCUUUGCCGUCUAUGUCUCUCAACAGGUAUUUCUGAUUGGUAUAUGCCUUCCAUUUUAUGUGAUCCACUCAGUGGAUGAGCCACUGAACAUCUGGGACUUUGUUGCCAUCAUUGUUUGCACAAGUGGAAUCGUGGUAGCGUUCUUUGCUGAUACACAACUGCAUGACUUCGUGAGUAGAAACGAGAAACUGAAAGAGCUAGGGAAGCCAUUGGUGGCCAAUCUUGAUAAGGGCUUAUGGCAUUAUUCCCGGCAUCCCAAUUACUGUGGGGAGCAACUGUGGUGGUGGGGGCUAGUUAUAUUUGCAUGGAAUUUGGGACACGCAUGGACCUUUAUUGGCUCUUUCAUCAAUACUAUGUGUUUAGCUUAUGUGACUAAGCUUGUAGAAGACCGGAUGCUGAAACAAGAUUAUAGAGCAGAAGCAUACAGGCUUUAUCAGAAGACAACAUCAGUUUGGAUUCCUUGGUUCAAGUCGUCCCUAGAUGGAGGAAAGGAUAAGAAAGCUUAGUUCCAAUUUUCCUCUGCAACCUAUAUAACUGGUAGACGGCUUUAUUUGUAUUUCAAAUUUUCGUGUGUUUCCUUGUUCUCUAGCACUUUUAAUGAACUCUUUUUUUUGUGGUGAAUCACUUGAGAUGAACUCUGUUUAUUUGAAAAGAAAGUCAGUUUUCUCUGCGUGUA